AGAGAAAUAGCUAGAGAGAAAAAGUGACAGACGCAGAGAGAAGUAGCGAGAGAGAGAGGGAGGGAAGGAGGGAGGGGACGGACGGAGAGAUCCAGAGAGAGCGGCCCAGGCUCCGGGGUUUUGCCCCCGGGAGGCGGGUGACGGCAGCAUGGCGGAGACGGAGGCGAGCCCCGCGGGCUGCCGGUGCCAGGGAGGUUGCGGGGGCCGCCAGGCCAUCCUGUACACCCUCCUGCGGCCCGGCCCGGGCCCCGGCCCGGACCCCGGCUGGGUGCAGCGGCCCUGCCUCUGCCGGCGGUGGCGGCCAGCGUCCCUGCGUACGCCGCAGCGCACCUGCCGGGCGGCCUCGGCCGUCCUGGUGAAGACGGUCAGCUUCAUGAAGAACCUGCCCUCCUUCCGCCUGCUGCCCGACGGCGACCAGCUGCUCCUGCUCCACAGCUGCUGGGCCCCGCUCUUCCUGCUGGGCCUGGCCCAGGACGCCGUCACCUUCGAGGUGGCCGAGACGCCCGCCCCCGCCCUCAGCAUGCUCCAGCGGAUUCUGCUGGACGGCCGGGGACGCCCGCGCCGGGAGCCCGAGACCGCUCGGCCCACGCUGGCCGCCGCGCAGAGGCUGCAGUGUUGUCUCCACACUUUCCGGGGCCUGGACCUCGGCCCCAAGGAGUACGCCUACCUCAAGGGGGUCUUCCUCUUUAAUCCCGACGUGCCGGGCCUCCGGACCUCCCCGGCCAUCGAGAGCCUCCAAUGCGAGGCUCAGCGGGCGCUGCGGGAGGAGCUGCUGCCCCGGCACCCCGAAGACCAGGGCCGCUUCGCCCGCGUCCUGCUGGUCGCCUCCACCCUCAAGUCCAUCCCGCCGGCGCUGGUGCGAGAUCUCUUCUUCCGGCCGGUCAUCGGCGACGCCGACAUCACCGGGCUCCUCGCCGAGAUGCUCUUCGUGCGGUAGCCCGGGGCCCAGACCUGGGACCCCUCCCCGCAGGGUCCGCUGCAGAUUUACGGGGACGGGAGACCCCCGGGGGGGCUCUGCGGACGAGGCGGGGCCGGCCCGGAGGUGAGGGGCGAGAGCGCGGGCCGGGCAGGACCGGCCCGUGACCCCGGCCCGUGACCCCGGCCCCUCCAGCGGGGCGGGAGGGCCUCCGAACCACGUUUGUGCCCUCCUAUGCGACUGUCCGAGGGGCCCGGGCACAGACGGGAAACUCCCCGAGGGUGCCCCAGGGGCCCGGGUGCCGGACACUCCCCUGGGAUUCCGGCCCUGGCAAAAGUGGCGCCGCCGACCCCGGGACCAGCUCUAACUCUCCGCUUCCCCGACGGGGCCCGGGAGCGGCUGUCAAUCAGAGACUUCGUCGUUUGUGCAGAACCUCGUUAAAUUAUUGAAUUUUUUUAAAAAAUAAAGUCCUUUCUAGCGCUUGGAA